AUGCUGCAGAGGAAGGAGCCUUCCCCCCACCCCCAUCCCAAUGAAUCAAGACUCUUUGGAGAAGAGUGGAAGGAGCGAGGUACUGGUGACGUCAAGCUCCUAAAACAUAAGGAGAAAGGGACCAUCCGCCUCCUCAUGAGGAGGGACAAGACUCUGAAGAUAUGCGCCAACCAUUACAUCACACCAAUGAUGGAGCAGAAGCCGAAUGCGGGCAGUGACCGAGCCUGGGUCUGGAACACCCAUGCUGACUUUGCUGAUGAGUGCCCCAAGCCAGAGCUGCUGGCCAUCCGCUUCCUCAAUGCUGAAAAUGCACAGAAAUUCAAAACAAAAUUUGAAGAAUGCAGGAAAGAGAUCGAAGAGAGAGAAAAGAAAGGAUUGGGCAGAAACGAAAAUGCUGAGGAAGUGGUGGAAAAGCUGGAGACUCUCUCUGUGAAAGAAAGGAGCGAGGAGCUGGGCAAGGCGGACACCAAGGAGAAAGCUGAGGACAAGCAAUAAGUCGUCUCCCUUGUUUUCCUUCCCUUCUUUCUUUCCCUCCUUUUAAAAAAAUCUUUGCCUUGCCCCUCUUUGGUUUGUUUUUAUUCUGUUUUGUUUUUACAAGGGACUUUAUAUAAAGAACUGAAUU